CAAAGUAAACAAACUUCAGGUUUUGCUUAUUAAACAAAUUUAAACAUUAAGAAUUAAAUUAGUAAAUUAUUAUAAUGGAAGUGGACUUCCUUCUUAUUAAUGAACUGAUGUCAUCGUCAUCCUCGUCGUCCUCAUCAUCCACAUCUUCAUCCUCAUCAUCAUCGUCUUCUUCAUCAUUUUCCUCCGAACAAAGUUUCAUGGACACAUUCUCCGAUGAAGACUUCUUUGAACUUCAAAAAUUAUACUACUCAUUUGAGAGACAAUCGGUUAAAAAUUUUGUUAGAGAUGUUGUUGGAAAUUAUUCAGAUGAGGAGUUUCAUAAAUAUUUUAGAGUUUCAAGACAAACUGCCUCGACUUUAACUCAACAGUAUUGCAAUUCAAAACACUACCGACGAAAAGUUAAAUGUGGCGGUAGAAAGGAGUCGACUGCUGAGUCUCAGUGUCUAUCAUUUUUGUGGUUUGCUGCAAACAAAAAUACAUACCGGGAAGUUGCACAAUUAUUUAAUGUAUCACUCUCAAGUGCCUAUAGACAUCAAACGGCCUUUUUAGAAUUUCUGUUCGACUUGUCAAAACAACACAUUCGAAUGCCAUCAAGUAAUUCAGAGAAAGAUGAAAAAAGUAAAGCAUUUGCUCAGAUUGCAGGACUUCCAAACGUUUUAGGCUGCAUCGAUUGCUGUUCAGUGUGCAUUAGAAAUCCAGCGAAAAAAGAUCGUUCAAUUUAUGAGAACAGCGCCGGUCAACUUUCAAUCACUCUUCAAGCCAUAUGCGAUGCAGAUAAAAAGUUUCUAGAUGUCUAUGUUGGAGCUUCGAGUAAAAUUCACGACUAUCAAGUUUUCCAAAUGUCUAAUAUAUCAAAGGACUUGCCAAAAAUUUGUGGUAAAAAAUACCAUCUGCUAGGUGAUAAUGCUUAUCCCUUGAGGGAGUAUUUGCUUAACCCCUAUCGAGAUGGAUAUGAUCAUCUAAGUAUUCAGCAAGAAAAAUUUAACAAGAAACAUUCACAAACCUUUCAGACAAUUGAUAAUACUUUUGGACUGCUAAAGGAACGGUUCAGACAGUUGACACACUUAGAUUUCUUCACUGUAUCACGAAUGUCGAAGUUUGUCCUUGGAUGUUGUGUUCUGCAUAAUAUUUGUAUAGAAAAAGGAGACAUUUGGAUCCAAGAAAACAAAGCAACAACUAUUGCAAAUGAGGAUCAAAAAGAAGCAGUUUUUGUGAAAGAGGAGGAGCCAUCUAUAUUGGAAAGCAUGUCCCUUCAUAAUGGACAAAUGAAACGAUAUGAGAUAACACAAGGUCUUUGAAUAAAAUUAACUAAAAAUCAAACAAAUUAUUUUUUAAAG